GAAAGAAGUGUGGAAUAACAAACUCUCUCUGCCCCACUGUCUUAUUAAAAAUUAUUUCUGUUUCAGUUGGAAUCCUUAAUGAGUACAAAUUAAACCAAAAUCAUUUCUCUGCCGUUUCUUCCUUCCUUCUUCUCUUCCAAACCUGAAUCAUUGAUUCAAACCAACUUCCAAAAGAAAAAUGUUGCACGCCAUAUCGGAAUCGGACAUGACAAGCAUGGCACCAUCGUCGCCACGAUCUCCAAAACGCCACGUCUUGUACUACGUGCAGAGCCCAUCACGUGACUCGCACGACGGCGAUAAGUCCUCUUCAAUGCAAACAACUCCUGCCUACGCCAGCCCCAUGGAGUCCCCUUCCCACCUCUCUUAUGGCCGCCACUCUCGGUCAUCGUCCGCCAGUAGGGUUUCCGGGGGUGGUUAUGGGUGGAAAGGGAGAAGCAAGAGUAAGGGGUGGCCUCAGUCAAAGUGUGAUGAUGUCAUCGAAGAGGAAGGAGAUUAUGAUCCUUAUAGAAAUGGGGUUUCAAGGAGGUGGCUCUGUCAGGUUUUGAUUUGGGCUUUGGGUUUUGUUUCGGCUUUCUGUGUCUUUUGCCUCAUCAUUUGGGGUGCCAGCAGGCCUUUCAAACCCCAAAUUGCUGUUAAGAGCUUGACUGUACAUAAUUUUUACUUUGGUGAAGGUUCGGACAUGACAGGAGUCCCAACCAAGAUGUUGACUGUGAGUUGUUCAGUGAAGAUGAAUGUGUACAACUCGGCUACCUUUUUCGGCAUUCACGUCAGCUCCAUUCCUGUCAAUCUUAUGUAUUCAGAGCUGACAGUUGCAACUGGUGAGUUGAAAAGAUACUUUCAACCAAGAAAGAGCCACCGGACUGUGUCAGUGAAUCUAAAAGGAACAAAGGUUCCGCUGUAUGGCGCAGGGGCGGGCUUUGCAGCUUCAGAAGACAAUGGGGGAGUUCCAAUGACUCUAGUUUUUGAAGUCAGGUCAAUAGGGAAUGUUGUGGGAAAAUUGGUGAAGCCGAGGCAUAAAAGGCGAGUCGCUUGCUCUUUGGCAAUUGAUUCUCGUAGCAGCAAAGCCAUCAAAUUUAAGGAGGAUUCGUGCACGUAUCAUUGAAUGGCAAGGUGGUUGAUUUAUCUUUCCAUAUGGAAGAAGAAUACCAUCACUGCCGAAUCAAUAUGGGGUGGUUCCAGCCUUUAGAAUUUGAUGCCGUUUUUUUCCUUAGGUACAUGAAAUCAUGUCAACUAUAAAAUUGUAUAUGGAAUAAGUCCAUGCUCUGGCGCUUGACGUUUUUUGUUUUCUUGUUAUGCUAUGUCUAAGAUGACUUGAGCUACACAGUCAGGCCUUGAUAUCCUGUGUGCGAGACUGAGGUACAGAGGAGAGACAAUUACACAUUAAGAAAAUCACUAGAUUUGCGUGUUCGAGGAAUCAUUAGGCACUCCUGAAACUGUACUCUUCACUUACAGAAAGUGGAGACGCGCCAUGAUAGCUAGGCUUGAAGCGUGAUCCUACAUGGCAAUUGAAAUUGAAACAACUCAAACAGUGCACUCAACAUGCAACUUCUCAUGGCGUUCUGGAAUCUCAGCGCCCAGACGGUUUUUCGCUGAAUUAAAAAUACGCCAUUGGACCCAAUUUAAAAGCCACAUGGGAAUGUUCUGAUAGACUGUAAGUUAACUUAUUUGCAUUCUUGCUCAUGCUGGAACCAGAUCACAAUCAUUUGCCAUUUUUUUGAGUGUGCAUGCGCACGCAAGUGUGGUGUGUCGGUUUAUGUAUGCGUGUGAGAGAGAGUUUGCUUCAUAAAAUACAAUUCAAUUCUGUAGAUCAAUACAGAUAUGGCCUACAAUUACAUCAAGGCCAUUAGAAAGGGGCUAAAAAACUUUCCCCAGCAAGAACUGCCUCUAUCAAGCGAAGAAUGCUCUUACAGAUCUUGUUAAAAAAUGGUGACAAGAUUAAAGG